GUCUGCAGACGCUGACAGAUCCGUCCCCUGUUCCGUUCUGUUCUGUUCGAUCGUGAGUUCUCAUUUAAAAACGCUGAAACCUCCGUUCUCCCUUCCCGUUUCAUCUAACUUUCAUCAACCCAUCUCGCCUCUUCACCCGAUCGCAUAUAUUCAGUCGCCGGCUCUCCGUAAAGUCCCGAACUUUAUGCAAAAAUCCGAUGGCGGCGGCAAUUCCUGAAUCGACCGCUCUUGCUUCAGCUAAAGCCCGGAUGGCACUCCCGGCGGAGAUUACACCAUCCCCGGCGGCAGUUUCCCUCUCCGUCCGCGGGAGGGUCGGGUUGCCUCGAUUCAGCGGGCUGAAGAUUCAGCAGCAGCCUCUGGGUCUGGCCUUGUUUAAUUCGAAGAGGAAUUCUUCGGUUUCUCGCAGAGCCAGCGAAGGCAGAGGGAUUGCGUGUGAAGCUCAGGACGCUGCUCUUGACGUUCCCAACGUUACGGAUGCUACUUGGCAAUCGCUCGUUCUCAAGGCUGAUGGACCGGUGCUUGUCGAGUUUUGGGCACCAUGGUGUGGGCCAUGUCGGAUGAUCCACCCGGUAAUUGGCGAACUUGCGAAGCAGUACACGGAGAAGCUGACGUGCUUCAAGCUGAACACCGACGAGAGCCCCUCUAUCGCAAGCCAAUACGGGGUCCGGAGUAUCCCAACGAUCAUGAUCUUCAACAAGGGGGAGAAGAAAGACGCGGUGAUCGGCGCGGUCCCUAAGACCUCACUUGAGAACACCAUAGAGAAGUUACUAUAAAUUGAACAUCAUAAGUUGCUGUGUGUGUCUGCAAUAUCGAGGGUUUUUUCUUCAUGACUUAUUGUUCGGCAGGCAUGUUGCAAGAUUAGGACUGCUCUAUACAACUACAAGUCAUGGGAGGGUUUAAUUCAUUUUGCUCUGUUUGCUUGGAAUUCAAAGACCAUGUGUGUCUGCCUUGUGACAAACUUUUCGAAGCAUCCAAUGAUACAACUGUUCGGUUGACA